AUGGAUUGCCCAUGCUGCUGCUGCUUGCCAAACCUAACGCCAAUGUCUCCUCAAGGUCAAGCACUGAACUCCCAGUCCCUCUACCAUUGUGAUGCGCAUUGCUUUGUGCCAAAGUUCACCUACCAUGAGAAUGGACAGCAGGUUUACAUGGUGAAGCCGGAAACUUGUUGCGGCGGUUGCUGCGUUGCAUGUGAUUGCUGCAGUGGCAAGGGCUUGGUCUACAUUCCGUUCUACUUCCAUGGUGAGAAGGAUGAAGUCAUCGGAGGCCAGUACAAUGAUCCCAACACACCGCAGAUUCGCAAAGUUUGGGCUGGUUUGAUGAAGGAGUGUUGCUCCACAGCCGACACCUUUGCCGUGGUCUUCCCCCAAGGCUCCAGCGCUGAACGCAAAGCCGGCUUGCUUGGUCUCACCUUCCUGAUCGACUUUGUCUACUUUGAAGGUCACCAGAGCAAAAGCCAAACCUGA